AUGGUUCUGCCUGAGAAACUCGUCAGGGUCGGUCUUGGACUUGGUAGCUUCCUGCCAUCGACCGCCCCCUACGUCGGCGCAGCCUCACACGAGGUCUUGAAGCUGCGUGACCUCGACGGUCUCGUUGGCUCUUCGACGACUGACCUUGUACGCUUCAGCAGUACUCUCAAGGUGGCCCGCGCCAUUGUAGAAGAGCACAAGCGCGCCGAAGUUAUCGAGGUUCCCACCAGCAGCCUGGUGUCUAUUCUCGACCGCAUCAAGGCCCUUGAGAAAGAGGUCGAGGACCUGCUCCAUGGCAAAAAGGUGAACAAGGACAGCAAGGGUAUUGAGCCUCUGAAGUCUGGGCCUGCUUCCGACGACGCUGUCUCUUCCUCCCCUGCAUCUUCCGCUGCUCCUUCUUCGCCUGACGGCAGCAGCUCCGACGGCAGCAGCUCCGACGGCAGCUCUGGUAGUAGCUCUGAUGGCAAAUCUAGCAACAGUUCCGGUAGCAGCUCCGAUGGUGGCUCAGUUGACAGCUCUAGCUCUUCCAACAAGAACUCUGCGUCUGGCUCGCAUUCAUCGGGUGGCUCUACUUCUACCUCCGAGUCCAAGUUUGGAUCAAGCGGUGGGCUUACCACCGAGGAAGAUGACUGCGCCCCGGAACAUCUUCUUUAUCGCCUCGGCGGCGGCUCGGUCCAGCGCCGCUCCGUUACUGUAAGUGAGCACCCUCUCUUCCGCCGAACCACUAACUGCACACUAGACUCGGUAUCUGGCGGCUCCCAGGGCAAGAACCUCCCCAGCGGGGCUGCCGUCUUCAAAGAGGACUCUUCCUCUGCCACGGUUGACGGCGCAUCGCCUGCUAGUGGUGACGGCAGCGCUGAUGGCAACGAUGGCACCGCGGACAAGUCGAGCACGACCACAUCGGACACCAAGUCGGACACCAAGUCGGACACCAAGUCGGAGACGACCAAGUCGGACACGGCUAAUCCCACUGCUGACAAGUCCUCCGACAAGUCUGCCGAUGAAUCUGACAAUCAGUCUGCCGACAAGCUCACCGAGUCUGACGAUGAAUCCGACGACAAGUCUGCGGCCGUAGAUGCGCAGUCUGCUGCUCCAAGUUCGACAAGUGCCAAUGGCAGCGCUGGAAAGCAGGAUGGCGCUUCUCUCACUUUGACUUUUCCGCCGUCUGCGACCACAGCUGCCGCCAAUCUGGGAUCGGAGGCCAAGGGUAGCGCUGCCGAGAGUGAAGAAGAAACGACCAUUACUACGACAAUGACCUCGACAAGCUACACGACCGUCACCGUUUACCGUCGCCCGAGCUCCACAAAGGCUGGCCUCGAUGGCAAAUACGCCAACAACACUGCCUCAGCUAUUAGCGCUUCGGCCUCUGCUAGCCAUCUCUCCAAGAAUGGUACCGUCAGUUCUACCGCAACCAACACUCGUCCUUCGCCGGCUGCUCUGCUCUUUACUGGCGCAACCGGCUCUCCCAGCUCGCCAAGCGCCACCGGCUCCGCCAGCUCGCCAAGCGCCACCGAGAUAUCAAGUGCUGGCUCUGGCAACAACUCUUCUGCCACCGCCGAUGGCGUAGGCGCAGAGUCGACCACCGCCGGCAGCGGCCAAAUCUUUUUCGAGAACAACUCCACGGAAUCGCAGCCUGAAGCAGUGGUCUCGCCUUCUUGGCCCGCCUCCGUCGGCGGCGUGACCACUUCAUCUCUGCAGACCGAUUCCAGCCUUGCCAGCGCCGACAGCACCACCGCGGUGGCUGGGGAAAAGAUGGCCGUCUCGACCACCACGGUCACGUCGACAACCACAUCCACGAUAACCAUCACCAUCACCCCCGCCGGCAGCCCAGUAAGGAAGCCAGAGGCCACCACGUCUGCCCUCGCAACCGACUCCAACGGCGCGCUUGUCAAGCGCCAAAGCGGAUUCCAGACGGUGCGCACUUUGCGACGCAGGACCGUAGAUGCGGAUGAGCACUUCUAG